CAGGGGUACCCGUGUCGGGGUUGGUUAUUUUGUUCAAUCCAUUGACUGUUGCGAUUCCCUUCGUUUCGCUUGCGAGAACCGGACCCGUUCUAACUUCCGACUGGUGAUCCAUUCUCUCGCUGCCGCUGCAACCGUCCUCCUGUUUUUGAGUGUUUUUUUCCGACCAGCACCGCACCAUGGCUGAUAAAGUUCGCGUUUGUAUCGUUGGUUCCGGAAACUGGGGUUCGGCAAUCGCCAAAAUCGUGGGUGCCAAUGCCAAGCGGCUGCCCGCCUUCGAGGAUCGUGUCACGAUGUACGUGUACGAGGAGAUGAUCGACGGCAAGAAGCUGACGGAAAUCAUCAACACGACGCACGAGAACGUGAAGUACCUGCCUGGACACAAGCUGCCCGAGAACGUCGUUGCCGUUCCGGAUGUCGUUGAUGCGGCGAAGGAUGCCGACAUUCUCAUUUUCGUCGUGCCACACCAGUUCAUCCGGGGACUUGGCACGCAGCUGCUGGGCAAAAUCAAGUCGACUGCCGUAGGCCUGUCACUGAUCAAGGGCUUUGAUGUUGCGGAGGGCGGUGGCAUGGAGCUGAUCUCGCACUUGAUCACGAAACAUCUGAAGAUUCCGUGCUCGGUGCUGAUGGGCGCCAACCUGGCCGGUGAAGUGGCCGAGGAAAAGUUCUGCGAAACCACGAUCGGAUGCCGGGACAUGAAGAUCGCGCAAACGCUUCGCGAUCUGUUCCUGACGCCAAACUUCCGCGUGGUCGUUGUUGACGAUGUUGAUGCGGUGGAAAUUUGCGGUGCCCUGAAGAACAUCGUGGCUUGCGGUGCCGGGUUUGUGGACGGCAUGGGUCUGGGUGAUAACACGAAGGCAGCCGUCAUUCGGUUAGGGUUGAUGGAGAUGAUCAAGUUUGUUGAUGUGUUCUAUCCGGGCAGCAAGCUGUCGACGUUCUUCGAGAGCUGCGGUGUUGCUGAUCUCAUCACCACGUGUUACGGUGGCCGAAACCGUAAAGUAUCCGAAGCGUUCGUCAAAACCGGCAAGACGAUCAAGCAGCUGGAAGAUGAAAUGCUGAACGGACAGAAGCUGCAGGGUCCGAUCACCGCGGAGGAGGUGAACUUCAUGCUGAAGAGCAAAGGAAUGGAGGACAAAUUCCCGCUGUUUACCGCCAUCCACAAAAUCUGUACGGGACAGGUGAAGCCGCAAGGAUUCUUGGACUGCCUGCGCAACCACCCGGAGCACAUGACACCUUGGGCAAAGCUCUAGAGAAACACUUGCUCACAAAGCCAUUCUCUAAUACCAUAAUCACCUCCCUCCCCAAUAGCAAAUCAAUUGCAUUUAAUAGAGGCGUAAAUCAUAAGUCUUUUGCUCGAAAGAUUCCCAUAGCAAUACGUUCUGCAGAAGCAGACACAAAAUUUAGGUUCUAAUCGGGGCGCUUAGGUUUACUGGGUGUAUGCAUUUAUUUUGAUGAAACUUUUAAAUACGUUAUUCAAUUUAGUUUGACCCUAGAAUAGGGUGGUAGUCACAAGUACCAAAAAAUCAAACCAAGCUAACACAUUCCAUUCGAAGGUACUCAAUACUUCCAUACUAACAGUAACAUAUCGAUUGUGCUUUUUGGGAAUUUCGCUUUUUUGAGAUGUUGAGUGUAGCUAACAGUUGAACUGAAACUCUCUUUAUUCUAUUUAGGCUAUUUUUGCAUUUGGGGCUUUGUCAGUUUUUUUGUACUAUUACGGGAUAAUUUUAGAUAGGUGCAAAGUUUUGUUACGGGAUAAAUUUAUACUGUUCAUCCAACGACAUCACAACUGGUUCUGGUAUGAAGAAAAAAAUACUCAGAAAAAACAAUCCGUCAACAAAUGUGAUAAGAAAGCUGAUUGGAAAGUGAAUAAACCUGAACAGUUAUUGGGA